AGUAAGAGCACAGGCGCGGGGCUGGACGCGGUGAAGAAGAAGGCGGGCCAGGAGCACCGAAGGGGGACAUGGCUCGGGGACAGCAGAAAAUUCAGUCUCAGCAGAAGAACGCCAAAAGACAAGCUGAACAUAAGAAACAAGUCCAUGACCAGAAGGCGGCAGCCCGGACUGCUCUGGUCUACACCUGCUCCGUGUGCCGGGUCCAAACGCCUGACCUGAAGACCUUCAAGCACCACUUCGUGAGCAAGCACCCCAAAACUCCGCUGCCUCCAGAACUGCUCAACGUAUAGGCAGAACCGGCAUUUGCAGAUCCACCCACGGUGCCGUGGACUCUUCUGUAGGAGAACUUAGCUUGGCCUUCUGAAGUUCGGUGCAGUGUCAUGAGGAGAUGAGGCCCCACGUGAACAACACCUUUCCAUCCUGGGUUCUGCAAGAGACAUGCUGACAUCACCACCCCGGAGCUGCUGGCCCAUGCAAGAUGAAAGGUUCACCAAACACGAGUGGAUUCCACCUGGAGCUGAAAUCUGGAGCCUACAGCGCAGAACCUGGAGCCUAGAGACCAGCCGCGCCCCAUAUACGUGCACACAAACCACAGCCCUAAGAACGCUACAAAAAAAUGGUCACUA